UUGACCUUCAGAUGCUCGCAACCUCCACCAUAUCGUUGCGAAGAGAUUAUAUAUCGUUUUGCGCGGAAUCCUUAUAAAUUGGCAAUGACCGUACUGGGUCUAGAUAAAAUUCUUUUAAGGAGUUUCGCUCCAUGGGAACCUUUAUUUCUGAAAGAUACUAAAGUUGUUGUGGACGCUGACGACUUAGUUGGUUUUCUACAUGAUAAAUUUUCUACAGGACUGUAUGGUGGUGAGAAUCUUUCUUUUUACAUGGUGGUACGUUCGUUCUUUUUGAAUUUGCAAUGUUCGAAUGUGGAGCCGUACUUCAUUCUAAGGGGUUGCUGUGAAAUGAAAAAUCAAAAAUUAAAGCAUAAACAGAAGAAAGAAUUUAACGUGUUAUCACAACUUAUCACAGCCGUAAAAUCAAAUGCACUUGAUAAAAUCCCCAAAGUACUCAAUUUAUCAGCUAGGGAUGUAUUUUUGUAUGCUUUAAAUGAAUUCCCAUGGAAGUGUAUUAGAGUUAAAUCUUUUCCUACAACUGUUUGUACCGCUAUUGCUAUAAUUUUACAAUGUCCAGUUAUUGGUUUAUCAUCUGAUUAUUAUAUACUUAUGUCAAAGAGACAAAAUAUUCUUAAUAGUUUGAUUUCUCAACCAUAUUCGAGUCCGACAUUUCUUACACUUCAUUUGGCCAAUCUAAAUUUGAGUGGUUCUAGUAAAAGUAGUGGUGAAAAAGAAAUGUUGUUUCACAAAUUUAUUCCUAAACUUUCAAUUUUAGCGAGAUCUUCAGAUUUUCACUUGCCUCUUUUAGCUGUAUUAGUUGGUACAGAUGUUGUGUCUAAUGUAAGACUUCCAUUAGAAUUACAAGAAAAAUUACAAACAAACAAUUCGACAAUAAAUUACUCACAACAUCGAUUAUCUGUACUCCUUGAAUGGUUUUCACAGUUCGAUUCAAAUUCAAUUAAACCAUUAGAAGAUGUUAUUAACUGUUAUCCAGUUGAACAGCGCACUUCUAUAAUAAACGAUAUGAUACACGGCAUUUCUCGUUUUGUUUGCCCUCUAGAAGAAACUAAAAGUGUUAUGAGUCUAUUGAGUGAUAAAAGUUACUUUAAUGAUACUUCAACAAAUACAUUUACAACUAUUAAAUCAUCAUUCAGAUCUAGUGGAAGUGUUGAGGAUGUGAUUAAUUCACUAAAAGGUACCAUUGUAGCAUACUUAUGGCAUGAAGACUACACAAAUGGGUGGCCUUCUCGUCUUCUUUAUAAUUUCAGGAAGGGAAUAUUAUUUUCAAAACCAUCUAUUUAUUCAUCUCGAGGUGUUUUUCUUCUCACCGUAGUUGAAGAUCCAAAAUGCCCAUUCUCAGUGCAUGAAACGUCAUUCUUAAUUCGAAGACUACACUAUCAAAUUUAUGUGUCAUUGGAACGCAGUUUAAGUAUGGAAAAUAAACUUGUCGGAUUAAAUCCUGAUGUUAUUGAAUAUGUGAGACAAAAUGAUAAAUUAGUGAUGUAUCAAAUCCCAGUCAAAUAUAUUCCUUUAGAUUUCAACAAAGUUAGCACAGAUGAAGUUAUUAAAGAAAAUCUGGGUUUCGUCAAACUACCGGAAAACAAUUUAAUCCCUAAGUUACUUUACAGUUUAGCAGUAGUCUUAUCAUUUUGGUUUCAACAAUUAAAGUAUACCUCUAUUGAGAUCCCUUCUGUGUUUAGUGAGUCGUCUGUUGGACUUGCUGUAGCUUCUUGUGCUGUCGCAAAUAUAUACAACGAUGGUUCGUCUAUUAGUGAAUUAUGUGAAUUUUAUAAUAAUCUAAGCAGAAUGCCUGAUCAGUUGUCGAUUUCAGGUAGCAAUUCUACUAAUUUCAGAAUUGAUAUUGUACACAGCUUUAAUGCUAUACAGUCAACUUUUAACAGUUUUAAAGAUUUGGUUACAACUCUCAACUGUCUUGUGCUAGAGAAUAAACAGUCAAAUUAUUUCACUUUUGGACAGUCUUGGAUACUGUUUCCCUCUGGAAAGCUGGUACAUUUUUUAACUACUCAGUUAGAUUCUUUAGAGCCCUGUGGUAGACGUUAUUCAGUCAUAAGAGUAUGGCUUCCGAAACUUCUCUUUAUUAAACAAAGAAAUCCCGACGCAACAUCUAGGCUGACCAAAGCGAUAAAUACUUUGAUCACUUUUAUUGAUCUUUGUGAUAUGAUUAAAAUUAGUCUUCCAUCAUCUUUAGAUUCAUUUUAUAGCAUCCAUGAAUUAGAAAGCAAUUAUGUCCGUGAAACGACGCAUACGGUUCCUAACCUAUGUGAUCGAAACAAUACGAAUCUAGUUAAUAAACCAAGUAAUUCAACAUUUAAUGUAAUAUUUCCUCGUGGCUGUCGAGAAAGAAGAGAAAACAGAACGAGUAACAAAAGGAUUUAUAACAAACCUUCAGCUGAAAAUAUUGUGCAUAGUGCUCAAGUACGUUGUCUUUUCCAAAGUAAUUUACAUUCAACAUAUGGAAAAACCUAGAACAGCGACUUACAAAUCAUCUAGAAACAUAAUCUGUUAAGAAUAUUUUGGAAAUCCUAAUCCUGUUCACAUGUAACAAGUUGUAGUACACUGAUUUUUAAUUAAGUAAGUACAUUCAUUUUUGUGUUUAGAUCAUUAACAGAUGUAUCCAUACUAUCGAAGAACAGAAUAUCUCUAUUUUUUACCUCAUACUUUUCUAAUCUUCAUUUAUUAUGUAUUCAUGAGUCCAUUUGACCGCUAUACCGGUUGCUCUUUUUAUAUCUAAUUUCAUAUAUAUCAGAUAUGAUUUUUUCAAAGAAUUUAAUUUAAUACUAUUUCCUUUCUUCACUUGACUUUUCAGUCGGUUGAUUUCAAGCAGUUUGGUAUUUAGUACAAAUAUAUAUGGAUCAGAGUCGCCGGACCUCAAAUUAACAAGAUAUGGAACAGUAGAGUAGAAGUAAUAAUAUCCAUUUUAUUAGAAAUCGAAAUAUGAAAAUAUAAAUAAUAGGAGGGAACGUGCCUAAAUAUGAAAAAUAAUGGAAUGACACUAGACUAAAAACUUAUGAGAUAAAGAAUGAAUGCGACUGUGUUACUACGGUCAGUUUCCUUAUCGUGACUCCGUUACCUGGCUUCGAUUUGAUCAUAUGGUAUGAAUACAACGAAAUAGAUAUCCCACCAACCCCUUUUUAUAUCUGCUGUCUUAAUUCGCGUUAGUGAGUAACGGAAGAAGUAAAACACGAGAAUGGCUUUUGGUAUGUAUAUUUCAUGCACUAUUUACCGCAGAUGGACAACGGGGGAAACGAGACGUAGAAGGCAAGGAUUUCAACUCGAUUUGAUAAGGCAACAUUCACCGUUUGCAAACGGACAAAAAAAUAAGCUAAAAAUGGGUUGUGAGCAGAAUAAGUGGUAAACACAAAGUACGCUCAUAUAAGGACAGUCGACGUUAUAAGCGAAUAACUGACAAGGUCGAAAUCUGUGUAGAUAAUGACUCAAAACGAAUGAAUUAUUUGGUCUCUUCAAAAGCCCGAAUAGCACAUGUAGGCGUGUCAAAGUGCUAAACGAUAUAUGCGCCCAACAUGUAAAAUUGUAAUUUACAGUUAUAGCACAGCCCCCCACUUAUGUGGCUCAGGAUAGUAGCCUAUAAGUUCGUGGAAUAAUAUCUUAUAUUGCCUUGACUGUUAUGAUAUUAUUUCGAGAUAAUUCCUUUGGUUUCUCAUAUCAAUUAUCCUGAUUCCGUUAUAAAAUAGACACUUACUUACGCCUGUUACUCCUC